AACCCAUUUAGGCCAUCCAUUCAAAUUCCCAUUAGAAUCCAUUUUGUUCUUUCAAACCAUCUCUCACCGGCCUUCAAUGGCGUCUCCUGCAAUCAUGGAGAGAGUACCCUCUAUAGUAUCAUUUUCUCCUCCCAAACGAAACUACGACGUUUAUAUCAGCCACCGAGCCGAAGACACUGGCAGCGGUUUUGCCGCCGAUCUCCACAAUGCUCUGUCGGCUCAAGGAAUCGUAGUUUUCAGAGACGAGAACAAGAAUGAGAACGAAGCUAAAAUGCUAACGGAGAAGCUGACAGCGAUCGAAGAAUCGAGGUCAUCGAUCGUGGUUUUCUCGGAGAACUAUGGGGAUUUAGUUUCGAUGAAGGAAUUGGCAAAGAUUAGAAUGUAUAAGGAGGUGAGGGAUCAGUUGGUUCUUCCAAUAUUUUACCAAAUAGAUCCAGCCAAUGUGAGGAAGCAGAAGGGGAACUUUGAGAAGCCGUUUAUAGAACAUGAAGAGAAGGUUGGAUUUAAAGAAGUUCAAAGCUGGAGGGAUUCUAUGUUCGAAGUUGGUAAUUUGUCUGGAUGGCAUCUCCAAGAACAACAGAAAGAAGAAGAGACCAUCAAUGAAGUUGUGAAGCAUGUCUUCAACAAACUACGACCCGACUUGUUUCGAUACAAUGAAAAAUUGGUCGGAAUCAGCUCAAGAUUACACCAAGUAAAUAUGCUUUUAGGAAUAGGUUUAGAUGACAAGCGAUUUGUUGGAAUAUGGGGAAUGGGUGGAAUUGGUAAGACCACCAUCGCUAGAAUCAUUUACAAAAGUGUAUCCCAUUUGUUCGAAGGAUGUUACUUUCUAGAUAAUGUCAAAGAAGCUUUAAAGAACGAAGGCUUAGCUUCAUUACAAGAAAAGCUUCUAACAGGAACCCUAAUGAAAAGAAACAUAGAGAUCCCUGAUUGUGAUGGAGCUACAUUGAUGAAAAGAAGAAUAAGCAAUCUAAAAGUUCUAAUAAUCCUCGACGAUGUCAACCAUAUAAGCCAACUCAAGCAAUUAGCGGGGGACUAUGAUUGGUUCCAACCAGGUAGCCGAGUCAUCGUCACGACACGAGAUGAACAUCUCCUGAUAUCGCACGGUAUCGAAAGACGAUACAACGUCGAAGGACUUAAUAUUGAUGAAGCUCUUGAGCUAUUUUCACAAAAGGCAUUUAGAGAAGAUCAUUCAAAGAAGGGGUUUUUUGAUCUUUCAUGCAAAGUUGUAGACUAUUGUGGAGGGCUUCCAUUGGCUAUUGAGGUUCUUGGAUCGGCUUUACGUGAUAAACCAAUGAAGGAUUGGGAAAAUGCUGUGGCUAAGUUGAAGGAGGUUCGUGAUUUGGAAAUUCUUGAAAAGUUGAAGAUAAGUUAUUAUAUGUUAGAGAAGAGUGAACAAAAGAUUUUUCUAGACAUUGCAUGUUUCUUCAAGAGGAAGAGUAAGAAACGAGCAAUUGAAAUUCUUCAAAGCUUUGGAUUUCUAGCUGUUCUUGGGCUAGAAAAAUUGGAGGAGAAGUCUCUUAUUACUGCACCACAUGAUCAGAUUCAAAUGCAUGAUUUGAUUCAAGAAAUGGGUCAAGAAAUUGUUCGUCAAAACUUUCCGAAUCAGCCCGAGAAACGAAGUAGGUUGUGGCUUCGUGAGGACGUGAAUCUCGCCCUUAGUCGUGAUCAGGGAACAGAAGCAAUUGAAGGCAUAAUGAUGGAUUUGGAUGAAGAGGGAGAGUCACACUUGAAUGCCAACUCCUUUAAGGCAAUGACCAAUCUAAGAGUAUUGAAACUCAACAAUGUUUAUCUUUCUCAAGAUCUUGAGUACCUCUCCGACCAGCUUAGGUUCCUCAAUUGGCAUGGAUACCCUUUAAAGUUCUUACCAUCAAAUUUCCAUCCCACAAACCUUUUGGAGCUUGAGCUCCCUAGUAGCUCAAUUCACCAACUUUGGAAAGAUUCAAAGAGAUUUGAUACAUUGAAAGUUAUAAACCUAAGUGACUCCAAAUUCCUUUCCAAAACCCCUGAUUUUUCUAGGGUUCCAAAUCUUGAAAGAUUAGUCUUGAGUGGCUGUGUAAGUUUAUACCAACUACACCAAUCUUUAGGGUCUCUAAGGCAUCUAAUUCAAUUGGAACUCAAAGAUUGCAAGCAAUUAUCAAACAUUCCCUUCAAUAUUUCCUUACAAUCUCUCAAAAUUUUGGUGCUUUCUGGCUGUUCAAGCCUCAAAAACUUCCCAAAAAUCUCAGGAAACAUGAACAAUCUAUUAGAGCUUCAUUUAGAUGGAACAUCCAUUAAAGUUUUGCAUCAAUCAAUAGGUCAUUUGACAGGACUUGUGAUAUUAAAUCUCAAAAAUUGCACCAAUCUUGUUAAACUUCCAAGCACUAUUGGCUGUUUGACAUCAUUGAAGAUACUCAAUUUGCAUGGCUGCUCCAAAAUUGAUAGCAUUCCGGAGAGCUUAGGCAAUAUUUCUUGUUUGGAGAAGCUUGAUGUUACUAGUACUUGUAUAACUCAAGCUCCAUCGUCUCUUCAACUCUUGACAAAUCUUGAAAUUUUAAAUUGUCAAGGUUUGUCUCGUAAGUUCAUUCAAUCAUUAUUUCCUUGUUGGAAUCUCUCUCGAAAAUUUUCAAAUUCUCAAGGCUUGAAAUUAACCAAUUGCUUUAGUUUUGGUUGUUCUUUGAGGGUUUUGAAUCUAAGUGAUUGUAAUUUGUGGGAUGGAGAUUUGCCUAAUGAUCUUCGUAGCUUAUCUUCUUUGCAAAUUCUUCAUCUAAACCAAAACCAUUUCACCAUAUUGCCUGAAAGUAUUUCUCAUCUUGUGAAUUUGAGAGAUUUGUUUUUGGUUGAAUGUUUGAAUCUUCGAUCUUUGCCGAAGCUUCCACUUAGUGUUAGAGAUGUGGAAGCAAGGGAUUGUGUUUUGCUUGAAGAAUAUUACAAUCAAGAGAAACAUAUUCCUUCGAGUGAAAUGGGGAUUACUUUUAUUCGUUGUCCGAUAUCCACUGAACCAGCUGGAAGCUACAAAAUUGAUCAGCUUGGUCUUUCUGCCAUUCAUCUAAGGACAAUGUCUCAACGUUAUAUCGAGGUACUCACAUGGCAACAAGAAAAGUACUUUUUUGUGAUUCCCUAUCCAAACUUCAUAGCAUGCUUUGAUGAUAAAAGAUAUGGAUGUUCAAUCACAGCCCAUUGUCCACCAGAUUACAUAUCUGAAGAAAAUGCAAGAAUUGGCAUUGCUUUAGGGGCUACUUUUGAAAUCCAAAACAAUCAAUGGAACGAGAAUUCAAAGAUUACUUGUGAUUUCAUAAUCCGAAUGGAAACAGAUGAAUGCCCUUUGAAGUCAGCCCUAGUUUUUGAUGGAAACAAAGAUGAAUUGCAAUCACCUGUGGGGCUUGUGGUUUUUUAUGUUCCAAUGAGAAGGAUUGAAGGGUGGUUGAACCAAUGUUGUUGCAUUGAUGUUUCAAUAGUGACUGAUAACCCUUUUGUGAAGGUGAAAUGGUGUGGUGCAUCGAUAAUCUAUGAACAAAAUGCUGGGAGUUUUAUUGGGAAGAUUAUCAAAGCCCUUUUCGGAUCUCCGGGAAAAUAUCAUACGUCGAUUGUUGAUCAUAUUUUGAAUCGUCAAAAUCGUGUUGAUGUUUCUAGUUUGGUGGAUGGUGGAGCUCGUUACAAGACUUCGUGGUUAAAUGCAUUGCAAAGGACAAUUGGAUCAUUUCCAAGACUACGAGCUAGUAAACCACCACCGGAGGCUAUAGAAGAUGGUUCCACCAGUAUGAUUGCAGCUGCUGAGGCCGAGGAAACUGAAAGUGAUUACUCUAUCAUGUUAAAACGCAACCUCAAAGCAAUGCUUCUAAGAACUUUUGAGGAUCUGAAGCUUUACGGUGAAUACUACGUUUUCCCUCGAAAAGAAAUCUCAAGAAGUUGGUUCAAUCUUCAACUAAAGAAGCCAAAAGUCACAAUCAAAAUACCUCCAAACUUGCAUAAGGAUAAGAAGUGGAUGGGGUUAGCCUUUUUUGUAGUAUUUGCAGUGGACGAGAACUCACCAAAUGCUCAUUCCUUCUCAUACCAAGUGGAAAAUGAUGAAUACACAAUGCAACGAGAAUCAAUUCUUUACUUAACCAAAGGAUUGUUCGAUGAUUUUCAUCAACUUUGGGUGUUCUUCGAGCCUCGAGCGGUUUAUCCAUAUCGAUUAAAUCAAUGGAGGCAUCUUUGUGUUUCGUUCGUAUGCAAUAAUAACUCAUCCUUGAAAGCAGUUGUUUGUGGUGCACGUCUAGCUUAUAAACAUGAUGUUGAAGGGCUUAUCAACACAAUGAUAAACAGUGUAAUGGGUUCGCCAGCUGAUUUGCAUGAAUUUUAUGACCAAGUUUAUGUUGAAUCCAUGAUCAAGAUGAUACAUUUUCAUAAGUAUGAUCCAAAGCAAAAAGAAUUUGAAAGGGAAGAUGAUUUGUGUUUGGAAGAGUUGACAGAGGAACAAAAUUCAAAUGGUUAUCCUCAAGAUUCAACUCUUACUUCAAAUGCAAUGGAAAGGAACCACCUUUUGGAGCUCAAAGAAGCAAUUCCUUCUUUCCUUCAAAUGGAUUUGAAGGAUCGAUUUGGCACAAUAUUCGACUUCGUUAUUCCAAGACGAAACAUUCCCGAGUGGUUUAAUCAACGAUCUGAAAAGAAUCAAACAGGCAUCCAAUUGCCUCCAAGUUUGUAUACAAAUAGUGAUUGGAUGGGAUUUGCAGUUUGUGCACUUUUCCAAAUCAACAAGCAUCCAACGGCAAUUCUCAACAAUCUUCGUUCAAUUUCAAGGCAUGAACUUCUUUGUCAAUUUUCAGUUGAGAAUGGAGUAAUCCAUCCAAUUCACAUUCAUACUAUCACUGAGGACAGAUUCAUUUGGCUACAUGAACGACAAUUCCUUUGGCUCUAUUACAGCCCAAGACAGACAUAUGGCAACAUUAUUCGUCAUAGGUCUCAUAUUUGGGCUACUAUUGAAGCUGAUACACCAGACAUGACUGUACGAGGUUGUGGACUUCAGCUAGUGUACAACCAAGAUGUGGAAAGGAUUGACAAUAUAUUGAUGGAAGCCAUAGAAUCAUAUUAAACAAGAAGCGUGUACAAAACCAUCGUUGAUUGUUUGUUCUUGUACUUAUUUGACACGUUGAAUUACAUUUAUUUUUAUGGUAUAAGAUAAUGAAUUACACAAAAAUUGAGUCAA